AUGGAUUCCGAAAGCAGCGAAGGAAGCACCAAGGUCGAUGCUGCCAAAUCCAAGCAGCAGCGAGUCCGCGAUAACCAACGACGGAGCCGUGCUCGCCGCCGGGAAUAUCUUGCGGAGCUCGAGAACCAGUUACAACAGUGCCACAACACCUGUCGUGAAGCCGACUUGCAACGUACUGCUCUUGCCGAACUUCAAGCUGAGAAUGCUCGUUUGCGGGAUCUGCUGAAGAAUGUUGGCAUCAGUCCCGACAAUGUGGGAAUCUCUGAGGAAACAACGCUCCAACGGCCGGGCGGGCUUACGGCCGCUUCUUUUCGACAAUUGAAGCCCAAACUUUUCGUCCCCGAGGUCACAAAUCCUGCAACUGCUGUAAGCCAGACAUCUGAUGGUCGUGGUGCAUGUUGUCCUACACCAUCGCCCUCGUCCUGCUGCACACCACAACCUCCCGUGCUUACUGAAAACCUUGUAACCUACGACACUCAGUACAGUGAUCAGCUGAUGGCGCCACCGUUGGUUGCUGCGAGCACAAUGUCCGCAAUGAGGGCGGCUAACGGCUUCCCGAACUCUUUGCAUCAGUGGUAUCUCCCGCCGCAUGAGACAAGGACACACCCACCCAGCGAGCCUUCGUUUGUAUGCCACGUGUUUCUUGUACCUCCAAACGGACCUCUCUGGGCAGAUGACAGCAACAGCAUUUCUUGCUCGGUAGCCAAAGACAUGAUUACGCAGUACAACCCGACACCAGAAGAGAUGGAACCCAUCAUAGCCAGGCUUUCGACGGCCUUCAGCCGACCCAGGUUUCGAGGAGAUAGCUGUCGAGUCAACAGACAAGUCCUUUUUCAAAUCCUCUACGAGAUGAAUUCAAACCAAGACCUUCCAUUUGCCACUGGCCAGGUCAUUGACGUGGAACAAAGCGGACUGUGA